GUGCUUCUUUCAACACACGCGACCUUGGAUUCAUUUCAAAUUACGUUUUCCAACAAGUCCGCAGCAUGGCGAAUAAAGAGCCCGGUUGUCGGCUUACCCUGGCGUGACGUUUUGAUAACGAGACUGCCGAAUCGAGCCUAAGGGUUUGCUAGGGCAGUUGAGGCAGAUUGCUAGCAGAAUGGGCUCUGGUCCAAAGGGUGCAGGUCUCGGGGUCAAGCUGCUUAUAGGGGCAGGAGCACUUGCCUAUGGAGUCAAGGAAGCCACCUACACAGUGGAAGGUGGUCAGAGGGCCAUAAUCUUCAACAGGAUUGGUGGGAUGCAGAUGGACACGGUACUCGCUGAGGGGCUCCACUUUAGGAUGCCAUGGUUCCAGUACCCUGUCAUCUAUGACAUAAGGGCGAGACCAAGAAAGAUAUCAUCCCUAACCGGAAGCAAAGACCUGCAGAUGGUGAACAUCGCCCUGCGUGUGCUGUCCCGUCCUGUGGCCUCCAACCUACCUGCCAUGUACCAGCAGCUGGGCAAGGACUACGAUGAGAAGGUGCUGCCCUCCAUUGUCAAUGAGGUGCUGAAGAGUGUGGUGGCCAAGUUCAACGCCUCGCAGCUCAUCACACAGAGAGCUCAGGUGUCCCUGAUGAUUCGGCGGGAGCUCUUUGAACGGGCCAAGGACUUCAACAUCAUCCUGGAUGACGUGGCCAUCACCGAGCUGAGCUUCAGCAGGGAGUACACAGCCGCCGUGGAAGCCAAGCAAGUCGCCCAGCAGGAGGCGCAGAGGGCCUUCUUCUAUGUCGAGAAAGCCUUGCAGGACCAGAGGCAGAAGAUCAUCCAGGCUGAAGGAGAGGCAGAGGCCGCUAAAAUGUUGGGUGAGGCGGUGACAAAGAACCCUGGCUACCUGAAACUCCGGAAGAUCCGAGCGGCUCAGAAUAUUGCCAAGACGGUGGCGACGUCGCAGAACAAGGUGUACCUGAGUGCAGAUAACCUGGUGUUGAACCUCCAGGACAACACAAGCAACAGCUUCAGCAAUUUGAGCAGGUUGGGAGAAAUAGGCUGGAUGAGCCCUGAGAUUAUCAGCAAGGCUGUUCCAGAGACGCUUCCAGAGAUUGAGGAAGAAUUGAAGAACCCUGAGAUGUUGAGCAUGGCUGUUCCAGAGACGCUUCCAGAGAUUGAGGAAGAAUUGAAGAACCCUGAGAUGUUGAGCAUGGCUGUUCCAGUGACACUUCCAGAGAUUGAGGAAGAAUUGAAGACCCCUGAGAUGGCCAGUGUUCCUGAGAUGCUUCCAGGGAUUGAUGAACAAAACGUCUCGAAGAGCCCUGAAAUUGUCAGCAUGGCUGUUCCAGAGAUUGAGGAAGAACAAGAAUUGAAGAUCCAUGAGAUGGUCGUUGUUCCAGAGACGAGGAGUGAGGCAGGAGAAUACCUGGUCCCCAAUAUUGCGGCGGCGGGUCCUGGGGGCGUGGAGCAAAAUGGCGAGGCUUGAACGUAGGUUUAUCGUUGCCGAGGUAAAGGGAAGCAUCCCUGAAGAGUGUAUGCAUUCCCUAUCUUCAAUUUGAGCCAUCUUUACACGUUAUACCUCUUCGCCACACAGUAGUUUUCAACACUGGUCCUGGAAGACCCCUAUGCAGACAGGUUUUUCUGUCCAGUCAUUCACUCCUUGAAUUAUGUUCUGUUCAAUUCGUCUUUGAAAUGGCUUUCCACAUAUGGUAUCAUGUUACAGACAGUUGCCUGGUUUUACCUUGUAUUAAAAUGUAAUGAUGAACAGAUGAAUAGAAACCAUUUGGCGUUUUUAAACCGGAUUGUAUCGGGGUCCUAACGGACCAGCACAAAGGAGCACUUACUUGUUAGGACCAGUGUACCGUUUCUACAAAUGUCUAUCUCCUUGUCAGUGCCUAGCUCUUGGCCUGUAUUCACAGAGCCUCAGAGUUGGAGUGCUGAUAUACAGUAGCAUUAGUUUAGCCUUUUAGAUCAUAUUGAAAAAUAUUAUAUGGAAAGGGGGACCUGAUCUUAGAUCAGCGCUCUUACUCAGAUGCUUUUUGGGUAUGGGCCCUGGUUUGAGUUAACAAAACUCCAUAGGGACACUAAAUCAACUAACUACACAGCAGAAGCAACUCAGUGGUUUCUUACUCUCCACAAGUGUCAUCACCACCCUGCCUUUAUAUUAUUUAGUUAAAUGAAGAUGUGACGGCAACAUGCAUUGGAGAACCAACCAUAGACUCCUACUCUGACAAUUCCAGGAGACGGGCUCCUCCAUACAUUUACAAUUACUAUAUUUGUAUUCUGUAACACACAACAUAAGCAGUUUUUGUCCUGGAUAUACCUCAGUUUCAUACCUGUUAAGUGUCAUGCCGGAUCUUCACGAUCAAGUUUAAUGCAGUGUCAUGAAUACCAAUGAAUCUUAAUGUCCUGUGUCACGAAUCAUGUUACACCAGCUAAAUACUUAUAAAUGUAAUGCAAAUAUGUAUUUAUUUGGUUCAUGUAUCCCCCCUUUUUUUGUGUGUUCAGUGCAAUUCAAACCAUUUGUUCGUCUUCUGCUUGGCUCCAGAAAAAGGUCUUCAUUACUGUGUAUUCUUAAUCCGAACUAGAGGCUGAAGCACUCAAAUUGGGUUUGAAUAAAUGUUUUUGGAUCACAAAA